AGAAAGUGCAAUGGGGAUUUAUUGGAGAAGCGAUAUGCUAAUAUCUCUGUAUUCGUCGCUCACUCUUGUAAAUGCCGAAACUACCAAUGGCGUAAUCCCAAGCAACCACUCCAAUUCCCUAAUUCCCCCGAUCAUUGCAAUCCCUAAAUAUAAUUUAUUCAUUCUUUGUCAGACUUUCAAUUUAGUAUUGAUUUAUCCAAUGACGCAUCCUCACCACGCACUUCGAGUGCAGAUAGGAUUACUGCAUAGUAUAUUGGAACGUGACAAACAUUGAUCGAUGUAAUCGCCCCCCAAUUCGGUAUUAAAUUGAAACCUCAUCUACCCCCAGCAAGAAAUGCUGUCCAAAUUCCAAUUAUUGAAAAUUUCAGCCACAUUUUCUGCUCCCACACUUCCAAAGAAGUCUUCUUUCCAGCAGAUUGUUACGUUCACGGCCAAGUUUGGAUCGCGAAUGGGGUCGGCUUCCUAUACGACGUCGUCCAAGUUGCUUUUUCGGCAGCUCUUUGAGAAGGAGUCCUCCACCUACACUUACCUUCUCGCUGAUGCUUCUCACCCGGAUAAACCAGCUCUGUUGGUAGACCCAGUAGACAAGACCGUGGAUAGGGAUGUUUCUCUUGUGAAAGAGUUGGGUUUGAAGCUUAUAUAUGCAAUCAACACUCAUGUACAUGCAGAUCAUGUCACUGGCACUGGCUUGCUUAAGAGUAAGGUUCCUGGAGUAAAAUCUAUCAUUUCAAAGGCAAGCAAUGCAAAAGCUGACCUUUUUGUUGAACCUGGCGACAAAAUCUAUUUUGGUGAUCUCUUUCUAGAGGUUCGUGCAACCCCAGGUCAUACGCAAGGAUGCGUUACUUAUGUCACAGGUGAUGGACCUGAUCAGCCUCAGCCAAGAAUGGCUUUUACUGGUGAUGCUUUAUUAAUUCGUGGAUGUGGUAGGACAGAUUUUCAGGGUGGAAGUUCUGAUCAGCUUUAUGAUUCAGUUCAUUCUCAGAUCUUUACAUUGCCAAAAGAUACAUUUGUGUAUCCUGCUCAUGACUACAAGGGAUUCUCUGCGACUACUGUGGCAGAGGAGAUGCAGUAUAAUCCCCGCCUCACAAAAGAUAAGGAAACAUUUAAAAACAUAAUGGCAAAUUUGAAUUUGUCAUAUCCCAAAAUGAUAGACAUAGCAGUCCCUGCCAACAUGGUUUGUGGGUUGCAAGAUGUUGAAGCCGAAGUCGCCUCGUGAUCUUGGAAAGAUGUUGAAAAGCCAAAGUCGCCUAUGCGCAAGUUGUGAGACUUGAACAUAAAAAUGCUGCUUAUUGUGGUGGAAUAGAUAUGUAUUCUUAACAAUGGAAUGUCUAUUGCACAAGAUUUUUACCUUUUCAAAACACUAUUGAAGAAAAUAAUAACAACUUAUACAUGGAUAUUUAUGAA